CAAGAUGAUCAUUGAAACAUGCCAGAUGCCACAAUUCUCUUGAGUUUUCUUUGUAUGGGUUUAUGUGAUGGUGAUUCUCAUGCCGCAGUAUGAAUACAUACAGUACUUCUGUUACUAGCAUACACCCGCAGAUAUUCAAGUCACUGUGGCCAGGAACAAGCUGAUCCCGCCUUUGAAGGCCCAGAAACUGUGUCUGGACCAGACCAGGAUGGAAGAAGACUUGGCUCCUUCAGACAAGCAUUUGCCUGUCUUGUUUAGCUGGUUAUUACCCCAGAUUCCGAGGUUUCGGGGAGUUGACACUGUACUCUAUUAGAGCCAUGUCCUGGGAGAAUGUCGUACAUGGAAUAUUCAUCUACAGGCCAAUCUCCUACUCAGAAUGCCAUUUUAACUCUAUAGAAGCAUUACUGCCAAGAUCAAAGUUUCAUGGUUUCCACGUUCUAACAGUUGGUGAUCGUACUCCCGAGUGGAAUGUGGUUGGCGAUCUCCGGCGGGAGUGUGGCUUAACCCCGCAUAUAUCGGUGAACACCGACGUCUACCACAACCCCAUAUUUGUGGGGAAGAUAGGGGAGAGCUGGCCGUCGCGGCAUCAUCUCCUGACGACACACUUGAAAUGCUAUGAGAGAGAUAAAGUAGCCGAGGGAGAUCCACAUGAUUUGCGGGAUUUGGAUGCGCCAUGAUGGAAUUCGUUCAAGUGAACCACGAUUGAACCACGAUCUGCGAGGAUGAAUAUGAAAGGCUACCGAAAAGCCAGCUCGUGGCAGUCGCUAGCCCAGAUGGUGCACCCGAGUUGUUGAGUCGAGUUGUGGGUCGGAACCCGCCACUUACCGGCACUCUCAUAUUGUGGGAUUGUGAGCAUAUUAAAGCAAGUCUAGAUCCUCUGAACUUGGAUGGUUCAAACUCGACUAGGGUACGACGUUUUGAGAACUGCAUUGACUAUGAACGGAACACUUGGAAAAGACCUCGAAAAGCAAGCCAGCGAAGACGAGCAACAAAUUGAAGUGAUGGAUCAGAUUGACUAUGUGCCCACCGGGGCUAUUCCUUCCGAAGAUCUGGAAAAGGGCGACUCGAUGUAUGCGAAACUCGCAAGAAUGGGGACGAAGAUGAAAGUUGAAGUACGAGGCAUUGAGCGAGUUCCCGAGGAUGAGAGGACGGAUACUUCGUACUGGAAUAUUGGAUCCAUGGUACACCCAUUUUUACCUUCCCUCUCAUGACUACUACUACGUUAAGUGUCUCUGAUUUAUCGUGCAUCUAUCAUAGUGGCUGGCUGCCAACAUGGUUGUCCCGUCCUUCACAAUUGGGGUGUUGGGCCAGGCCGUGUUCGACUUGGGAUUUGUGGAUGCAACUUUGGUCAUUAUCUUCUUCAACCUGCUAUCGGUCCUGACCGUCUGCUUCUUCUCUACAUUCGGCGCGGCCUUUGGGUUGCGCCAGAUGGUGCUCUCGAGGUUCUAUUUUGGAUGGUGGGGUGUAAAACUGAUUGCGCUAUUCAACGUCUUGGCAUGCAUCGGCUGGGCCUCAGCAAAUAUCAUAGUCGGAGCCCAGUUGAUUAACGCAGUAAACAAUGAUGUGCCUGGGUUCGCCGGAAUCCUCAUCAUCGCCUUUUGCACCUUGGUUAUCGUCUUCUUCGGAUACAGAGUAGUCCACGCAUACGAACACUGGAGCUGGAUCCCCACGUUCAUAGUCUUCCUAAUCCUCCUUGGCACCUUCGCAAAAUCCGGUGACUUUGUCAACCUCCCCAUGGGCUCUGGCAAAGAAGAACUAGGAAAGGUUCUCUCAUACGGAUCCACCGUCUUCGGCUUUGGGACUGGCUACACUGCCUUCGCAGCGGAUUACACCGUAUACCAACCAAGCAAACGCUCUCCCCGCAAGAUCUUCCUCGCGACAUGGCUUGGAAUCCUGCCAACUCUGCUCUUUACAGAGCUACUAGGCGCCUACGUGGUGACAGCUACGGCUCUGAAUGGUGGCAAUAACAUCUACCAAGAAGGGUACAAGCAAUCCGGAAUCGGAGGUCUUCUUGCUGCCGCCCUCUUCCCCCACCUCGGUGCCUUCGGCAAGUUCUGCCUCAUCAUCCUCGCCCUAUCCGUCGUCGCCAACAACUGCCCCAACAUCUACUCCGUCUCCUUGACACUCAUGGUAAUGGGCAGAUGGACGCGCCACAUCCCCCGCUUCGUCUGGACCGUCAUCGCCACCGCGGCUUACAUCGCUAUCGCCAUCCCAGGAUACAGCAACUUCGAAGCAGUCCUCGAGAAUUUCAUGAAUUUCAUUGGGUAUUGGCUAGCUAUCUACGAGGGCGUGGCUCUUACAGAGCACUUCGUCUUCCGCCGCAGCUUCGCCGCAUACAACGUCGAGGACUAUGAUAACCGCGACAAGCUACCCCCCGGAAUUGCAGCCGUUCUCGCUUUCUUCUGCGGUGUCGUUGGUAUGGUCACCGGUAUGAGCCAGUCGUGGUGGGUUGGACCCAUUGCGCUGCGCGCUGGCUCUGCGCCCUUCGGUGGCGAUCUGGGAUUCGAGCUGGGCUUUGCCUUUUCUUCUGCCUCGUACUGCCUGUUCCGCACUAUUGAGUUGCGCGUCUUUAAGCGCUAGGCGUCGGCGCUGUGUAAGGGCUGAUACAUCACGCGAAAGAAAAUACUGUAGAGCAGUAUAGUGGAUAUGUUGAAUUGAUUACUAUAAAUGCCGGC